UAAGGCUAAAGAAUACAAAACUCGAAUAGGCGAAGAUUAUAGCAUUCCCUUUUUGUUGAUGCUGAUGUCUGUAUAUUUUGGGAUUAAGGGCUGCCUCUAUACUUUUAUAGCUUCCGGUCAGCUGCCUUAUUGCCGUGAGUUUCUCAAUCAAGAGGGCAGUGCCUACCAAUCUUUUGGCAUGAUAGCGAGCAUUCCGUGGGCUAUGAAAGCUUUGUUCGGAGCCAUUUCUGAUUCUUUGCCAGUAAACGGGUACUUCAAAAAGUGGUACAUUGUUCUUUCCGCCGUUCUUGGUACCGUAGGAGUUGCAUUAAUCGCAGGACUGCAGUUGACCUCGUUAAAGCUUAUUGCGGCAGCUUUGUUUUUUGCAGUCAAUGCAGAAAUUGCCAUCAUUGAUCUGCUAUGCGAAGGUAGAUACGCCGAACUUAUGGCGAAGCAUCCACAAACUGGUUCUGAUUUAAUCUCCUUUGUUUGGGGCUGCGUUCAACUAGGAGGCCUUCUAGCAAGUUUUCUUGUUGGGCCUCUAUCCGAUGCCGGCUAUAUUAAGGAAAUGUUCUGGUUAUGCGUACCUUUAGCAGCUCAAGUCUUAGUUCCUACUUUAUUAAAUUUUUUGGCUGAAGAACAACUUCCAGCACAACUUAGAGGCCUUCAAGUUGAAAAGAUUGCCAAGCAUAAACAUAUCUUCAUCCUUGCCUGUUUGCUAGCAUUUGCAGCUCUGGGUCUCGCACUGGUCACCUUAUUUCUUAGCACUCGUGCAGUUUUAUCCUACUCGAUUAUUUCAGCUGCGGUGCUAUGUUUUCUGUCGUUCAAAAUCCUUCCUUCUCUUCUUGCCAAAUGCAAUUUUUACAUGUUUAUAAUAAGCACGUUAUAUGUGCAAAUUACAGGAGCCGUUGACUAUUUUUACGUUUCUAACAGCGAUUGUGUGAAAGGAGGGCCCUCCUUCGGGUACACUUACUACACCACAUAUAGCACUAUAGUUCAAAAUUUAUUUGGGUGGGUAGGCGUGAUUAUUUUCCAGACUUUCUUAAGCCAAUGGGCAUAUCGGUCUAUUUUUUGGCUUUCUAUGCUUUUAAAAAUAGCUGGGGGGAUGGUGGAUCUUAUAAUAGUUAAACGGUGGAAUAAGGCGCUAGGAAUUUCUGAUAAAUUGAUGUACAUGCUCGGCUAUAACGUGGUUUACCGUGUCGUCAUGAUGUUUGAUUUUCUUGCCGGCGUGGUACUGACUUCAAAAUUAUGUCCAAAAAAUUUGGAGAGUACUGUGUACGCUCUUCUUGCAGGAUUUCAAAAUUAUGGAAAUAGCUUAUCAAGGUCUUUAGGUAUCUUUUUUAUCGACCUUUUGCACAUACGGACCGUUUCUCCUUGCAAUUUUGAUAAUUUGCCCGGACUUAUCAUAUUAUGUCACGUCCUCUUGCCACUUCUCUCGCUUCCUCUCGCUUUUCUUUUAAUUCCCAAAGCAACUCUCACUGACUGCCUUUUAGCCGAAGAUGACGAGAUAGAGCAGUCGACUGAUAGCCUUCUUGACCAGAGGGAAAACGUUUGCAGUGGUAGUACAGGGAGCUGCCAAGAACUUAACGAAACUAAACUUUCUAAUGAAGAAAACAAGAAUUUUAUCGAUUACUAA